AAGCACAGCACAAGGUCGUGUGUUAUAUAUCAUCUGCUUCUCCACCUCCUCUGGUUUCACUCUCCGAUCUCUGUUACGUGCUAUAACACUCGAACUUAUUAGGCUACGGUUUGUGUACAUUCUGCGCCAACUUUUGAAUUUGGGUAUAUAUAAAGGUUUGAGCUUUUUGAUUUUGAGUGACAGCCCAUGAUUGGGAAUCCAGUGAUUGGAUUCCCCUUUUGAUUAUUUAGGGUUUAGCUCAUUCCACCUUCAAUUUGAAGAUUUGGGGAAAAACAAAUAGAAGAACGUAACCCUAGAAAUAUUUGCUUAAUCUUAUAAUUGAAUUUGAGUUUGUUUUAGUGGAUCUUGAGUUGUGAAACGGGAAUGGCCUCUUACAGGCCUUUUGCUCCACAAUCAUCGUUUAGUCAAAACCCUAUUGCACCUCCCCAACAACUUGGGAAUCAUCAGAAUUGGAAUUAUGGUGGAGGAGAUGGAACUGUGUCUUCAGCUCCAUCUACUUCAUUCCACCAAAUGCCUUCAAAUUCUACUCACCAUCACGCUGGAUAUGGAUCAUCAACUUCCCACCAUUAUCAGCAGUAUCCAUUUGCACCACCACCACCACCACCUGAAAAUUCAUACCCUGCUCCACCACCACCUCCAAUGUCUCAACAGAACUUGCACCCUCCUCAUGCUCCAUUGUAUUAUCCUUCUAAUCACUACUCUCAGUAUAGCCAGCAGCCAAUGCAGCCACCUCCUCCACCUCCUUCUUCGCCGCCGCCUAGUUCUUCUAUCCCCCCUCCACCUCCCCCAAGUCCACCACCUCCUGCUUCAGCUCCUCCACAAAGUCAAAACAAUGACGAAAGGCGAUUGCUUGAUCGCAAUAAAGGGCAGUUGAAGGAGGUUUCAACAUCUGUUAGACGUGAGCAUGAACAUUCCAAUCAUGGGGAUCCUAAUAAACAACAGAAGCCUGCUGUUCCUCCAAUGUCUAUGAAGAAAUCAAAUGAGCCUCCAGGGAGGACUGAGACAGAGGAAGAAAAGAGGUUAAGAAAAAAGAGAGAAUUUGAGAAGCACAGGCAAGAAGAAAAGCAUAGGCAGCAUCUGAAGGAAUCCCAGAACACUGUUCUGCAAAAGACUCAGAUGCUAUCAUCUGGGAAGGGGCAUGGUUCAGUUAUUGGGUCGCACAUGGGAGAAAGGAGAACUACUCCCUUAUUGAGCGGUGAGAGGAUUGAGAAUAGAUUGAAAAAGCCCACCACGUUUCUGUGCAAGCUCAAAUUCCGGAAUGAACUUCCAGAUCCAAGUGCACAGCCCAAGCUUAUGGCGUUCAAGAAAGAUAAAGAUCAAUAUGCAAAAUAUACAAUUACAUCUCUGGAGAAAAUGUACAAACCCAAACUUUUUGUGGAACCAGAUCUUGGAAUACCUCUGGACCUGCUUGAUCUCAGUGUAUACAAUCCUCCCAGUGUCAGGCCACCUCUUGAUCCAGAAGAUGAAGAAUUGUUGCGAGAUGAUGAAGCAUUAACUCCUAUAAAAAAAGAUGGCAUAAAAAGAAAAGAAAGGCCUACUGAUAAAGGUGUUGCUUGGCUUGUCAAAACACAAUAUAUAUCUCCGCUGAGCAUGGAAUCAACAAAACAGUCUUUAACUGAAAAACAAGCAAAGGAACUGAGAGAGAUGAAGGGAGGCCGCAACAUUUUGGAAAAUCAUAACAAUAGGGAAAGACAAAUCAAGGAAAUAGAAGCAUCAUUUGAAGCAGCUAAAUCACGCCCUGUUCAUGCAACUAAAAAAGAUUUGGAUCCUGUUGAGGUUCUUCCUCUGCUGCCUGAUUUUGAUAGGUAUGGUGAUCAGUUUGUUGUUGCAGCAUUUGAUAAUGCUCCUACAGCUGAUUCGGAAGUGUACACUAAGGUGGACAAAUCUGUUCGUGAUGCCCUUGAAUCAAGGGCUAUCAUGAAAAGUUAUGUUGCAUCAAGCUCAGAUCCUUUAAAUCCUGAGAAAUUUUUGGCAUAUAUGGUGCCGGCACCUGGAGAGCUGUCAAAGGAUAUAUAUGAUGAAAAUGAAGAAGUCUCGUAUUCUUGGGUUCGCGAGUAUCAUUGGGAUGUUCGGGGUGAUGAUGCAGAUGACCCUACAACAUACUUAGUGUCGUUUGAUGAGUCAGAGGCACGCUAUUUGCCUCUUCCAACAAAACUUGUUUUAAGAAAAAAGAGAGCUAAAGAGGGAAGAUCUGGUGAUGAGGUUGAACAGUUUCCAGUACCUUCAAGAGUAACUGUAAGGCAGAGGUCAAGCGUUGCUGCAAUUGAGCUGAAGGAGUCUGGGGUUUAUACAAAUACAAAGGGAAGUUCUUCAAAGAGAGUGGGUAUAGAAAUCGAUGAUGAUAUGGAAGAGCAAUAUAGAGUUGCAGCGCACCAGGAUAAUUAUCAGUCUAGUGGAGCGGAAGAUGAAAUGUCUGAUUGAUUCUUUGAUGCAAAUACUCUGCCUCAAAGCAAAUUUUCCCUAUGAAAUUAUGGUUGGAUUGUUGGUAUCAGGUAGCUGAAUUUGGAGUGGCCUAGGUGCUUCAAUGAAGAAAAAGCAAUGAUUGAUGCCAUAUUUUUGUGUGCCCAUUUCAACCCAUAUUUUUGUAGGCUGUUUAUAAAAUCAAUACAGGUUUUUCCUCUCUAUACCAUUAAAGAAAGUACUGAGAAAUAAGGAAAUGUUAAGAGCAUGUCAAACUAAAUGGAAUCGAGGCGUUGUACUGAAUAUGCUUUUAUUUACUAAUCAAUGAAA